UCGUCCACUGGUCGGGAGCUCUGGAGCAACAUUCUUGACGACCGAUCGAGGCUCAUUUAUGCUUUUUCGAGAACUACACCUGCGCGACCACUGCAUACGCUCUCAAACACUCACGUCAAAGCCGGCAUCGAAGUAACUUUCGCAUCAUAUGCCCCGACCUCAGGACCUGUAUUUCACCGAACGGGAGCAGCGCGGACCGCGGCGCAAAGCUAAACGAAAUGCUCAAGCUCAGGUCGUUGAUCCUAUCAACAUCGACAUUGAGACGGUACGACACCAACGUUUUCAGCACCGAGAAUGGGCAGCUACUCCUCAGACGAAAGAGGAUGGGGUCAUCUGGAAUGCAAAAGAGGCAUGGAUAGCCGUGACGUUUUUUCCAGUUUACACCCAUUCAUCACGGGCCUCGGAGACUAUAAUCUGGGAAUAUUGCACUGAACGCUAGCAUUCCCUGACCUAUUGCCUGGUUGUCGGGGCGGUUCCUCUUCGGGAGAAAGCAAUGGGUCCCGGCGCGUCCGGAUUCGCCAUCUUUAUGACCAUCACUGCCCGCGUGUGCGAGAGCCAACUUGGAUCUAAACCCGCAGCUCGUGGAUUGUAUAAAGAGGUGCAGAGCGAGCUGGUGAAAACUCAGUCUCGCUCUCUCUCUGUCCUCGGUGACACACACACACGGACUAAAUGCUCUCUCUGUCGACCUUCCUGCAUCUGGCGACGCUCGUCGCGGUCGCUGUCGCAAUGCCCAGCAACGUCACCCGCACCGACACCGCCAAGCGCGCGACGUGCACGGUCAACAGCGUCUCGAGCGCGUCCAAGCUCUCGGGCUGCUCGAAUGUCGUGAUCGAGGCGUUCACCGUCCCGUCCGGGUCCACGCUCACCAUUGCGGCUGCCAGCGGUGCGACCGUGACGAUGAACGGGGACAUCACGUUUGCCAAGACAUCCUCUGCGGGUCCUUUGAUCACAUUCAACACGAACAACAUCAACUUCAACGGCGGUAACCACAAGAUCAAUGGCAACGGUGCUGCUUACUGGGACGGAAAAGGCACCAACGGCGGCUCGACCAAGCCCCAUCCUUUCGUCAAGUUGCGCUGCCUUGUGUCGCCGAGGCUUGAAGCUAACGAGCACGUUUUCAGAUUCAAGGGCUCUGGCACGUUCGCGUCGGUCACGGUCCUCAACUCUCCGGCUCAGGCCAUCUCCGUCGGCACCACCGGCGCUACUCUGAUCCAGCAGGUGACCGUGGACAACUCGGCCGGAUCCUCGCUCGGCCACAACACCGACGGGUUCGACAUCAGCGCCGACUCGGUGACCGUGUCCCAGUGCAAGGUCAUGAACCAGGACGACUGCGUCGCGGUCAACAAGGGCAACGCGAUCACGAUCCAGGACACGACCUGCAUCGGCAGCCACGGGAUCUCGAUCGGGUCGAUCGCGUCGGGCCACUCGGUGACGAACUUCCGCGCGGCGCGCAACACGAUCAGCGGCGGGCUGUACGGUCUGCGCAUCAAGGUCGACGCGAGCGCGACCGGCGCCAAGGUCUCUGAUGUCACCUACGACUCGAACGUGAUCUCGGGCAUCAGCGACUACGGUGUGCUGAUCACACAGAGCUACCCCGCCAACGACGGCACGCCCGGAAAGGGCGGGCCGAUCUCGAACGUGGCGUUCACGGGUGGAACGACGACGGUCGCGGUUGACAGCAGCGCGCAGUCGGUCGUGAUCGACUGCGGCGCGUGCUCCGGAAACUGGAACUUUGCGGGUCUGAAGGUGACCUCGGCGGGCAAGGGCCACAAGAUUGCUGCUGACAAGGCGGUGAUCAGCGGUGGAUCCUACUAAAGAAGAAAUGUUUGUGUCAUUGCUGUAUUGUUGUUCUGUGUGUUCUGUGCUCUUGUAUCAAAUCGAAAUACCCUGAAUUUGGUUGAACUAUUCUGACUUGAAACC